AUGGUUGAAAUUAAUGAUAUUAUUAAAUUAUACACAGUCCACCCAAAUUUGGAUUUAAUUGAUAAAAACUUUGCAGAGGACUGCGAGUUUGAAGCAUUUAAUAUUCCAAGUUUUAAAGUAAAAGGUAUUGAAGCAAUUCAUGAAAUAUUUAAAGCAAUUGGUUUCUAUGCAAAAGAUAUUAAAAUUUCAAAAUAUAAUUAUACUCAUUCAAGUCACUGCAUUGUUUUAAAUACUCAACAAGAAAUUACUUUUAACAUUUUACCAUUUGUUAAAUUUAAUUAUAGAAUGAUUAUUAAUAUACAUAAAAAUAAAGAAAAUAAAAUCACAAAAUUUGAAGAAAUUACAGAUUUGGAAAGUGUAAUUCAAAAUAUUCCAUUAGCCAAUUAUGGUUACUUUAAUAUUAUUAAACCAGCACUCGGUUAUUUAAUGGUUAAAGCAGGAAGUUAUAACCGUGGUUUCCAAAACAAUGGUCCAAAUAAAAUCCAAGCAACAAUGGAAAGAUUAAGUGAUAAUUUUGUUGAAAAAAAGGAAGUUAACUAUUCUGAGCCAUUAAUUAAAUUAUCAAAAAACUUUAAUGGUGUAACUCAUCAAGAUAAAAUUGAUAACAUGGAUGAAGAAUUAUUCAAUUCCAAGAAAAUUGAUAUUAAAGAUGGUUCAAAUAAUGCUUGGAAAAAACCAUUAAAUUUACACCAAUAA